AUGAUCGACUCGUCGACGACGACGAUCGAUCGCGCGGAUCCUCACGAGGCCGUGAUCGACAGCUGUUACCAGGAUCUUUUGCUGUUGGUGACGAACGACAGCAGCGCGCUCUGCAACGGAUCAGGAUUGGACGUACUGAACGUCACCGAUCUACAGAUUGACUCCGUGAACGGAACACGGUUGGACGUUGACGGAUUGAACAAUUGGUGGGCGAUGCUCGCAUUGGUCCUGGUGUUGGGCACAGCAGCCGGGAAUAUUUUGGUGUGCUUGGCCAUUGCCAGGGAGAGGAGAUUGCAGAACGUCACCAAUUAUUUCCUGAUGAGCUUGGCAAUCACGGAUCUGCUGGUCGCCGUGCUUGUAAUGCCUCUUGGAAUACUCACUUUGGUCAGAGGAUAUUUCCCUCUGCCGUCAGUUUACUGCCUCGCUUGGAUCUGCCUGGAUGUAUUAUUAUGCACAGCGAGCAUCAUGCACUUGUGCACCAUAAGCGUGGACCGAUACCUCAGUCUACGGUAUCCCAUGAAAUUCGGUCGGAAUAAGACGAGGCGGCGGGUCAUGUUGAAAAUCAGCUUCGUCUGGGUUCUCAGCAUCGCGAUGAGUUUGCCACUCAGUCUGAUGUACUCGAAGGAGGACGACUCGGUGCUGGUGGACGGUGCCUGUCAAAUACCGGAUCCUUUGUACAAGUUGAUCGGCAGCAUAAUCUGCUUUUACAUACCGUUGGGCGUGAUGCUGCUUACGUACGCGUUGACAGUGAGAUUGCUGGCGAAACAGCAACAGAAUAUAGGAGGAACUACUGGUUGGUCCUCCGGAUGGCUGGGUGGCCCGCAGGGCCCAUCUUCGGGAGGCCUGGACAGGAAAGGUACGUGGAAGCGAUUUCUGUUGAGCAAAAGCCCGGCCGGAAGCGGUGGUACACCGCAGCACACUUCCGGCACGUCGACAGACACCGAGCUGACGACACUGGACACUCACGAACUCUGGCUUCCGGAAAGCGAGCCGCCACCCUCGGCCAUGUUCGCCCUUCACGCUUUUGGCGCAGAGAUGCUCAAGUUGUCCAGAGGUCUGGAGGGUAUCACCAGCCCUGGAAGCCCUAUGGGCACGCCGAGGUCCACGCCUCAACACUCGAUCCAGCAACAUCAGCAUCAGCAACAGUCGCACAGGUGCAGCUUCCGUCACGGGAGCGGAGAGAGCGGCGGCAGCAGCGCUUCCGGUUCCAGGACGAGCCUCUCGAUCCAAGAGGACCUCAGCUCGCCAACACCGUGGAAGCAUCCACGACGACGCGCGUCCACGUUCAACGAGGCACAUCUGGAGCGGGCCGAGUCGGGAUCGCCGAAGACGCCGAGGAAACGAUCGUUCAGCUUCCACGAGCAGCCCGUGUUCGGCCGUGGCUCCUCCGUUUCGAGGAAGAGCUCCUCGAACGAGGAAACGCCGCAGAGUCGCAAGUCGAGCGACAAACAGGAGGGGGAGAUCGCCCUUCCGCCACCGUGCACGUGCCCAUACUUCGGCGAAUCGUCGAGGAGACCCCCGCCCCAACCGUCCACCGAGAUCGUGAUCGUUUCCAGCGACACUAUGAGGCCGAUCUCGGGCAAGAAUCUCGAGGCGGCUUUCCUGGGAAGGAGCAACAGCGGAAGGAUGGAGGGCAGCAGAAGCUACGAGCUGAAUUCCGUUGUUACGUGGAGAGGGUGCAGGAGGGGGUCUAGUCUGGGAGGAAGCACGAGGACCACUCUGCUGACGUCGAGGCCAGCGCCGAUCCGCCGCGCGGCGACGAUGCGUGCCCAUAACGGCGCCGCGAGCAUCAGCUCGAGGCAAAGCAGCAAUUCAUCCUCCCCGUGCCCCCACAGAUACCAAACGACGGUACGCAGCCACCACUCAAGGACGAGCAGCGUGGUGUCCCGCAACAGCUCGCGCCACGGUCGGAUCAUCAGGCUCGAGCAGAAGGCCACCAAAGUGCUUGGGGUAGUGUUCUUCACGUUCGUGAUACUGUGGGCGCCGUUCUUCGUUCUCAACCUGAUCCCAGCCGUGUGCCCCAACUGCGAGAGACAAAUCGACCACAAGAUAUUCGACCUGGCCACCUGGCUAGGCUACGCCAGCUCCAUGGUGAACCCCAUCUUCUACACCAUCUUCAACAAGGUGUUCAGACAAGCGUUCAAGAAGGUGUUGCUCUGCAGGUACAGGAAUCAAACGUGGAGACCGUCCAGGUAGGCAUUCGGCCCCGGGAGGCCGGGGAUCGCUGUCACCAGGGUUUAACAUCGGCGGUGAACACCACCGACUUCCGGCCCGCGAGAACCGGAAGCGGAGGAACCGUGCUCGAUCGUCGAUCGCUCCUUUUAAUAUCAUAAGAUGAUGAAGAGAGAAGAGAAACAUUUGAGAAGAGAUACCUUGAAUAUUGAUAAGAUUUGGAAAAGAGAAAUUUUGAAGAUCGUGUUAUAUGAUAAAUCAAGUUUUCCAGAAACGAGUGUGCAAGUUUGGAGUGCAAAGUGAUUGAUUAUUGUUUCAAGUGUGACAGAGAAUCGUUUUGUUUUGUCAAUCAAUCGUUAUAGUAUAAAUAUAUCGAAUAUAUCGAAUAUAAUAAUCGGAGGAUAUUUGAAAAUAAUGAAAUUCGAAGGCAGAAAAUUUUGAAGAUUGUAUUCGAAUCGUUUCAAGAUUUUUUUUUUUUUUUUUUUUUUUGUGAAAAGUGACGUUCGAUAAACUGUGUAAAUUGGAAGAAUCUUUUGUUUUAUUAAUUAUUAUUGGAAAUUUUAAGACGAAGGUGUAUGCUUGUGCUUGUUAAUUUUCGAAGGGAAAUUGUUGUUCACAAGUGAUCCAAGAGAUGCAAUAAACGUUUCUUCUUCCUAUGGGCGGAUUUUUCGAGAGAUCGGAAGUCGGGACACGCAAUUUAGAUUAAGAACUUUAGGAUAAGCGAGAUGGAAGGAGGGUGUUUCGAUGAUUAAGAUUUCCAGGCGGGCGUUUUCAUCUUCCAAAAGUGGUUCGACAAGCUUUUUCAAUAUCGAUAAAGGGAACUAGGGUGAAGUAGGGUUAAGACGAGGAGAAAGAGCUUCCUAAUAAUAAGCGAGCAUCGAAUUUUGCCAGUGAAUCUUUCGGAUGAAAUUCGCUUAGAUAUGAUUAAAUAGAAGAAGAAUUCGAAAAUUCCAGUCUUACAACAGUUGAUGUAAUUGAGGGAUUCGUAGUGAAUAUGUUACUGAAAAUUAUAGAUAUGAGAUUUUUAAUUCUUACGGAUUAUUUAUAAUUGUAUAUCGCGAGAGAUGUUAAUUCAAUAAUUUUGUUUCUACAUUUUCGAAUUAGAUGGAUAAAUGAAUAAUAGAUAGAUCCUCAUUUGAAUUCAAUAUGCUUCAAGAAAUGAAAUAACAGACAAUGGAAAUAAUUAAAAAUAUUCGUUUUCUCUAUUGUUGUUAAAUCAUAAUUACAAUGAUUUAAGAUGAAAUAAAGUAGUAGCUCUAUUCACUUUUGACAAGAAAAAUAAUUAUUUUUGUGGAAACAAUUAAUUUUCAUUCAUUUGGAUCUGAUAAGAAUUAAUGAUAAUCAUAUUUUUAGCAAUUAUUAAUUUGUCUAAUAUUAUUUUUUUACAAUUUAUACAUUUGUAUAAAAUCUUCUGAACAGAAGAUUCUUAUCUUGGAAAAGUUUGGCUAGAAUCAUUUUUACUACGAAUCCUUCAAUUAUUAUUUAAUAAUAUGAGAAUUGUUGAAACGAGGAAUUGAGAUCAUUGACCACUUAACAACACAGCAAGCACAAAAUUUAAAAUUUCGGAAUAAUAAAUAUCAACAAAUGUUUGAACGAUAUUCACUUUUCAUUGUUUCAUGGAGAGUAUAAUACGUUCUCUUAAUCUUGUAAAUAUGAGACUUUCAAACAAUAUUAUGAAAACUUAAUAGAUAUUUUGGACGAUAAUAGACUGUAUCCUCGACGAGAUAUUUAUUCGCUAUUCCGUGUUUCAUAUAACAAUACACUGUGAAAGAGUUGGCCUAUUAAAACCUCAGAAAUUACCUCAUCAGAUAUAAUUCCUACGUAUAUGAUUUUCAAUCUGUUAUCUGGAUCUGACACUUUGGAUUCCGCUAUUAAAAUAUACGAUAAACAUUUCAAAGUAAUUGAUAAGAACGAAGAAAAUAGAAAAUUAGAAAAUAAAGAUGACACGUUACUACUUCACGUAUCAUUGGUAUGGAGUAACAAAUUUUAUAUUUCUACAUUUUUCUCUAUCACAAUUUAUUUUCGAAUUAUUCAUUUUAAUUAAUCAUCGUUCAACUCUUUAUUUCUAACGAAUUGUUUUAACGUAGAAAUUAACAGUAAAAGGAUAUAGUCUUUUAUAUUUUCAUAUAUGCAAAAUUUUAUCUAUUUGAAAAAUAAUUUUUUGGAAAUUGUGCCAUUAUGAAUGGAUGUAAUCAUUGAAUGUACGAGAGUUAACUUUUUUUAAAUGCUAUAGAACCAUCAUUUUCCAAUUUUUUUUAAAUGCGUUUUUAAUUCCAGGUUGUCGCUUAAACAAGAAAUAUUCUUUUGCAUGUAUCAGAGAAACAUCACAGUCCUUUAUUUUAAACAGAUAAAUUCCGAAGCGAACGAUAGAAAUUAAAUACAAUAAUAUUACAAUAAAUAAUAAAUAAAAUUAAAUUAAAAAAUGAAGAUACUUUUGAAUAGCAUUAAAAGGAUUAACUCGAUUAAAAGAUUAAAUAACGAUUAAAGUAAAUGCGCUGCCUGAAAGAGUUACAAUAAAAAGCUUGGCAAAGAUUUCUCGCGAAUAAUGGUUGCGUGUUGAAAUACGUGCUUUAACCCUUCCGCUACUAGAAAAAUAUUACCGAACUGCAAGAGAGCAAUUAUUCAUGGAAGCAAUAAAGAGAAAUUAGGAAACAUAUAGAAGAUAUUAAAGAAAAUUUAAGUAUUGAGAAAAAAGGAAUUAUUCUUUAUAAAAUGCAUACAAAUCCAAUUCUGAUUGGGAAAAAAUCUUAUCAGAAGAUUUAUUACACAUAAAUUGAGAAAAAUUAGAUAAUCGUGUAAACAAUUGCAACAUAAAUAAAGUUCAUAAGUAAGUUCAUUUAGAAAUAGAUAGAUAAGAUUUGUUGCAAUGGAGGGAUUGAUUUGUUACAUUUAUGUACAAUAUACGCACAAUGUAUAAUAAGAAACUAAGUAAU